GGAUCAAAGGCCGAUAACGAUUUGUCAUAAGUGAAAAACAUUUUUUUGUCGCUGAAUUGUCAAUUCUGGCAGAUUAUGAAUAUUGCUGUUAAAUUAAGUUAUUUUCGAGCCCCAAUCGGUUUUAUCAACCGCAGUAUUUUGGCAGGGGAACGUAAUGCAAUUCAAAGAGAAAGUCAUGUCGUUUCUUAUCGCAAUCCUCCUCCGCCGCAUUCUACGGCAACCAAAAUUGGAGCAACAACUGUUGGAGGAGCUAUGUGGUGGUGGGUAAUUUGGCACUUAUGGCAUGAGCCCGAUCAUAUAACGGGAGAAUUCGAUUACCCCAACCCAUUAAAAUGGAGCAACUCUGAGUUGGGUAUUCCAAAAUGAGAUUUUGAAAAAUUGUCAUUUUGAGUAAAAUACCAAGUAAUUAAUAAAAAGGAUGUUAAACAACGUAUAUUAAUCUGAACAUUUUUGCUAUGCGAACUAGUUGUUCAAAUUAAAUACUCCGCAAUUAAAUACUUUAAACAAAAA